UUCCGACCUCUACGUCUUCCGCCCGGAGUUACUGCCGGGUGCGACGGCCGCAGCUACUUCCGCUGAGUCCCUAGCGGCUUGGGGCUCGGAUGCCCGCUAGGACGCGGCUUCCUGCUCCUCCUCCCCGGUUCUCCCUGCCCGCCCGAGGCCGGUGGCAGCUGCAGCGGCCCGGCCUCGCUCUGUGGCGGGGCUCGAGGCGCGGCCGCCCAAUCGGGCGGGGCUCGUCCUCCCUACAGCGUCGGGUGUAACGGCAUCGCGUCCCCGGCAUCGCGCAGCCCCGGGGCUGCUGCUGCGAGGCCAUGGAGUUCGCGGAACUGAUUAAGACGCCGCGGGUGGACAACGUGGUGCUGCACCGACCUUUCUAUCCCGCCGUGGAAGGGACGCUGUGCCUGACCGGCCACCACCUGAUCCUGUCCUCGCGGCAGGACAGCACGGAGGAGCUAUGGCUCCUGCACUCUAACAUCGACGCCAUUGACAAACGAUUUGUGGGAUCUCUGGGUACCAUCAUCAUAAAAUGUAAAGAUUUUCGAAUUAUUCAGUUGGAUAUUCCUGGGAUGGAGGAAUGUUUAAAUAUAGCCAGUUCCAUUGAGGCAUUGUCUACCCUGGACUCGGUCACCCUGAUGUACCCAUUCUUCUACCGACCCAUGUUUGAGGUGAUAGAGGACGGCUGGCACUCCUUCCUUCCUGAACAAGAGUUUGAGCUCCACUCUUCAGCUACCAGUGAGUGGAGAUUAAGCUACGUCAAUAAGGAGUUUGUCGUCUGUCCUUCCUACCCACCAGCUGUCAUCGUGCCUAAGUCCAUUGAUGAUGAAGCCCUUCGGAAGGUCGCAGCAUUUCGACAUGGAGGGCGCUUCCCUGUGCUGAGCUACUAUCACAAGAAGAAUGGCAUGGUGAUUAUGCGCAGCAGUCAGCCUCUGACUGGCACAAAUGGGCGAAGGUGCAAGGAGGAUGAGAAGCUGAUAAAUGCCGCCCUCAGGGCAGGCAAGCGGGGCUACCUCAUUGACACCCGGUCUCUAAGUGUGGCUCAGCAAGCCAGAGCCAAAGGAGGUGGCUUUGAGCAAGAAGCACAUUAUCCCCAGUGGAGACGGAUCCACAAGUCCAUCGAGAGAUACCACGUUCUUCAGGAGAGCUUAAUCAAACUCGUGGAAGCCUGUAAUGAACAAACCCACAACAUGGACCGUUGGCUCAGCAAGCUGGAGGCCUCCAACUGGCUGACGCACGUCAAGGAAAUCCUGACCACUGCCUGCCUGGCAGCCCAGUGUAUCGACAGGGAAGGCGCAUCAGUGUUGAUCCAUGGCACGGAAGGAACUGACUCUACCCUGCAGGUGACUUCCCUGGCCCAGAUCAUCCUGGAACCAAGGAGCAGGACCAUCCGAGGCUUUGAGGCCCUGAUAGAAAGAGAGUGGCUGCAGGCGGGGCACCCAUUCCAGCAGCGCUGUGCACAGUCAGCCUACUGCAGCAGUAAGCAGAAGUGGGAGGCGCCCGUGUUCCUCCUCUUCCUGGACUGUGUGUGGCAGGUCCUCCGGCAGUUCCCGUGCUCCUUCGAAUUCAACGAGCAUUUCCUCAUCAUGCUCUUGGAGCAUGCCUACGCCUCGCAGUUUGGAACAUUCCUGGGCAGCAAUGAAAGUGAAAGGUGUAAGCUGAAGCUACAACACAAAACCAUGUCUUUGUGGUCAUGGGUCAAUCGGCCCAGCGAGCUGAGUAAAUUCACCAAUCCGCUCUUUGAAGCCAACAGCCUCGUCAUCUGGCCCUCUGUGGCCCCACAGAGUCUCCAGCUGUGGGAAGGAAUUUUCCUGCGUUGGAACAGAUCAUCUAAAUAUUUGGAUGAAGCGUAUGAAGAAAUGGUUAACAUCAUCGAACAUAACAAGGAACUACAAGCCAAGGUCAACGUUCUGAGGCGGCAACUGGCCGAACUGGAAACAGACAAUGGACUGCGGGAGAGUCCUUGAACAACCCCCCCCCACCUCUCCCCAGGCCAGAGUCAGCCUCCCUCUGUUUGCUCCUCAGUUCACUUACACACAGCAGCCUUGACCUUAAGGCUGUAGACUGGGAUCCCUGCACUGUCAUGGCCUCCUCAACACGGUAGGAAUGAAAGGCACUGCAGGCACACAUUUUGAUGUGGCCAUUAGGCCCAUUGCAUUGGGAGCAGGCUGGAGGUGCUGUUGGGAAUGGCAUCAGUGGCCUCUGAGCUCUUCUGAGCAACGGUCCUGACUCAGCUGAGGCAUUGGUCUCUUUAGGGAAAAGCUGAUCCAAAACAUGGGCCAGGCUAUUCGCACUCAAGUAUAGGAGUGCUCUUCAAAACUGAAGUGGUUGAUGAGCCCAGGGUUUUGUUUAACAUGCCUUUUCCUCUUCCCCCUUCUGUAUAAAAUAACUGUCUCUUUAAAACAGUUUUGGACUACCAACCCUGAAUUCAUUCUCACUCUGGUUUGUCAAGAAGGGAAAAUCAGAACAGUUAUUCAAGGCAAAUUAUUUCUAAAAGGGUAACAGGUAUGGUCUUCCUAUAUUUUCAUUAAGAAAAGGUAAAUUUACUUCAAGAGUAGACACUAAACAUACAUGCAGUAUAGAACUGAAUAGACGUUUGCUGCUGACCGGACGCAUCUGUUACUGUCACUUCAGAUUUUCAGGUUUCUGACCAAACAUGUAAAUGUGGAUUGAAUGAUGGAUGUAAAAUGAAACCAUCAUAGAAUUCAUGUGUUAGAAUUAAGCUACAGAUAUGGUUUCAUUCAACCAGGGUGUGCUACCCUUGUCUGAAGUUCUUACUGCACUGGUUUAUAUAUGUCUCUGUGUGUUUUGUUUGUUUGUUUUUGUUUUUUUUUCCUGUGUGUGUGUGUGUGUGUGUGUGUGUUUGAGACAGGGUCUCCCUGUCCUGGAACUCACUAUGUAGACCAGGCUGGCCUUGAACUCACAAAGAUCUGCCUGCCUCUGCCUCCCAAGUGCUGGGAUUAAAGGCGUGCGCCACCAUGCCCCCAGCUGGUAUAUUUUACUUUUAAGUGUUCUAAGAAUUAAAUAAUAUCACACACUGUCACGUUGGCUGGAACCAUUUGCGAAUCUAUCUUGUCUGCUGAUUUGUCCUUUAUGUGUUAGGCAGAUUAACUAGACUGGGAAAUCCAUUCAGUGUCUCUGGGUUACGUAAACAGCAGUGACUGCAUGAUGCCCCAAAUGCCUGCAGCUCUGCACGCUGUGGAUCAGUACCUGCUGUGUACAUUUCUCUGUGGUAGUGCUUACUACAGCAAACACUGUCCACUCAAGCAAAAUUGAAGAAUCAUAGCCAUUUCCCCGACCCCUUUAGAGUUACCUAUUGAGGUGAAAAUUGACCCUGGAGCUGGGUGUAGAAGCACCUGUCUGUAAUUCCAGCACUUGGAUGACCUGAGGCAGAAGGAUUUGUGAGUUUGAGGCCAGUCUCGCUGGCCUGUAUAGUGGGUUCCUGGUCAGCCUGGGAUACAGAGUGAGACCUCUGUCUCCAAAACCAGAACAGAACAAGACUAGCAGACUCUGUGGCUACUUUCCACAUAAGAAGUGGUUCCUGCUUUCCUCCUCCAGUUGCCCCAUCUCCUCUCACCUCCCUCUCACCUGUAACAAAAGCUUGACACCAGUCCAGAUUCUGUUGUGAGCUCUUGUCUGCUGCCUCCCGAGCGUGGUUUUAUUAUUGCCUGACUCCUUGGCUCUCUGAAAGACCAAGGAAGUAAAUGCAGGGCUCUGACUUGCUGAAGCUGUUUUCUGUGAAUUGUUUUGAAAAAGAAGAAAUGGACCCCUGUAUUCGGCUCCUCCGAGCUGCCAGCCCUGUGGGUUUGUGUGCUGCCCAUUGGGUUUGUCCUGUGUUGGUCCUGAGGCUGCAGGUAAAAGCGUUCUGUUCUUCUUAGUUGAUGGUCCCAUAAGGAAAACCAUCUGGACAUGUUUUCCUCUGUGAUUCCCACUGCUUGUCUGGAUCAGCUGUGAGGCUUCUGUGGCCAGAAACAGGAGUCUCAUUGUACUUGGUCGUGGAGGGAUCUGCUGCCAUCAGUUCUAUGCCCGUUUUCCUAAUGAACGUGACGUGCAGUCCAGAGUUAGAGCAGCACGGUGUCCCGGGGUCUUGCCUUUUUCCUUUUCUAUAGAGACAGUAGUCAUUACUAUUUGUGACAAAUUUGCAUUUAGCAUUGCUCAUAGAGACUGUCCAAAUCUCAGCUUUCAAAAAAAACCUUGGUAUCAUUUAAUAAUGCAAAUUUUAGAGUUUUCCUAGGUUUGAGAACAAAAACAACAGUACACCAUCAGUACAACAGGAAGAGGGUUCUUAGUACUACUGUUAGUUACCUUCCAUUGGGUAACAGGAAAUGGACACACUCAGGAGAAGGCACUUGCUAAGUAUGAGGCUGGAGAGCUGCCUCUGUGGGCUGUGGCUUUAAAAACUAGCAGAGAGGACGGUGGCAGAAUAGUGAGCAAGCUGGGCUGUGUAGAGCUGGUAGUAAGUGAGAUACCGACUUCAUGUAGAUUACCCACCCUCUGUUUACAGAGAAGGCUAGUGUAUAUCUGAGGGGCAUUUUAUAACGUGGGCCCAACAAAGAUGAUCUACAAUUGUUAGGAAUCUUCCUUUAUCAGUAGUGCAGGGAUUCUUAAGUUCAAAUUAAAUUUUUGAAAAGCAAAAAAGCAGUUACUUCUUGCAUAAGAAACUGAAAACUUUUGUUGGCAAGACUUUUCAGUAAGUGGUCAGUACUUUUUAUUGUAUUAAAUGGGAGGGGGAGCAGAAAUACUAAAAUCCAGUGGGUUUAAAACAACACACACACACAUA